UUAUUUUUUUUGUAAACCUUCUUCCAAUAUGUUGCGUUCUCCUCAAGAAAAAGGUGCUGGGGAUAGACUUGGUAGGUCUCUGAUUGAUAUUGAAGAUCCCUGUGAGGUGUCACAAGAUAAUAUACGUAAUCCGUAUGACAGGUCUGAAAUUUGUGCUAUUUCGGUAAAAUUACCACAAUUUUGGUCUAACUGUCCUGAAGCAUGGUUCGUACAUGCCGAGAUGCAAUUUGCUACAAAGGGAAUUAGUAGGGAUUCGACCAAGUACGAGUUCGUUAUAACUGCCUUGCCUCAAGAAGUUAUUGCGAAUGUACUUGAUGUUAUACAAAAAAAAGUUCUCAUUGACCGACAUUCUUUAAGCGAGCAGAGAAGACUUGAUAAAAUUUUGUCAGAUACUGAGAUAGGGGAUCGCAGACCUUCCGAGUAUUAUAGGACCCUUGGUCAGUUAGCGGGUAGCACUAUAGACCCGAUUUUCUUAAAAAAUAUUUGGUUGAGGAAACUACCUAAAAGUUUGUAUGUUGCAUUAACCAGCGCUAAUUUAAAUAAUAUUAAUGAUCUCUUGCAACUCGCAGAUAAAAUUUGGGAAAUUACCAGUGGUAGUGAAAUUUGUGCUGUUAAAAGUAAAGUACUUACUUCUUCAAACAAUUUUGAUGACUUAGGGAAAAUUGUGGAAGAUUUAGCGAAGCUACUUUUCCGGCAGCCGCAACAAACGGUGGCCCAAGCCUGCAAAUUGUUGCCAGCAACUGACCCGCUAGCUGCCCAGUGGCAUUUGUUCAACUACUCAAAAAUGCACUUUGUAAACAAACCUUUUGGGUGUUGGCCACAUCAAGCGGCCGAUGUUGAACAUCAGGUCAAAGAAAAGUCAAAUGAGUUGGAAAUGGCGCAGCUUAUCAUACGCCAGCUGUCGGAUAAGGCCAAUGUAAACCAAGGCCGCAAUCGGAUAGAGACCUCGAUGCAGACGCAAUUUAUGUACGAGCAACAGAUUAGAGACUUACAAGCUAUGGUGAAACAAUUGACGUAUGAAAGGAAUUUAUGA